AUGGUAGACGAGGACGAAGCCAAACGGGAGGAUUCCCCAAACCCUCCUCCAGCAUCUACUCAUAACCCACAGGAUGAUACUGUCCCCCAGCCUCACCAACAGCAAGAUCUGCCCUCCGAUCAUCACUCACCCUCAGUCCAGGGAACUCACUCCGGUCAGAAUUCUGGCCGACUGCUUCCGCCGAUCCCAACUGCUCGCCAGCCAGUCGUGCGUCUUCCACUCUGCACGCACAGCGUGGUGGAACGGCAGCAUUGUGUGGACCAUCUAGAGCGGUGCGACUCUUGCGGAAGGAUCCCCUUCCUCGGAUGGUUCUUCGUCUGCGUCGAAGACACCUCGGGAUUCUCUGACCCCUUGGAUCCCAUCCGGGGCCCAUUCCUCAGUCCUUGGAUCUUGAAGGCGAUCGAAACCGGGGAGUACACGGUGGAAGAGCGAGAGGUGUUGAUCCAGCAGAAGUUGCGCGUACUGAGGAUGGCUGAUCUGGAGAGAGCUCCGUCAAGCCCUUCGCUCUCCAUGCUGGAAGCCGAGUGCGAGGCUGGAGAACAUGCCUUGCAGCAGAGACAAACGGCCUCCUCUUCAGCAAACCCCGGCGAUUCAACAACCAAUCUGCCUGCGCAUCCGCUGCCUCCACUGCCGUGCACCCUCAGGGCCUGUCGCCAUUGUGAGCGUCGGUUUGCUAAUCUGGAAGAGCGCUCCUGGUUGAGCAUCAAUGAAGUAUGCAACGACGCCAUCGGCCCUCCGGCUGCGUUCGAGCUUGCAGGCAGACCGGUCUCCGAUGCUAAUAUCGUCCGGCACUUGGGCUGGCGCUCGGCAAAUUCGGGUUCCAAAACUGACGACUACCCUGACAGGCAAGCAUGGUCGCGCAAUACGUCUGGCUCUCAGCUCGAUUUCACCGACCAGGAGUUGUCUGCUCUUUUCGACCAGGUAUUGAAUAUGGCGGCAGCAAAAGACACCAAAAAGGAUCGAACUACCGGCACUGACUCCGAUGAAUCGGGUCUCAGCAUACUGAUAGGAUUGGAAGUGGACGAUACAUCCGAGGCUGGUGAUCAAGAUACCUGUGACGGAGGAGUGCCACUGGGGUGA